UCUCUCUGGAUCUCACCGGCUUCUCUCACCAUCCUUCCUUGUGGUGCGUUCCUUGCUUUCCACCUUGUAGUUUGGCUUAGUGGGUUCUCUUUUCUCUCUGACUUUCUUCCUGAAACUUAAGCUUCUCCAGGACGCUGGCCUUCUCUUCCACUGGGACAUGAAAAUCAGAAAGUUACCUGAAGCGGCGCAGCCCAAAGCCUCUUCAUGGACCCAUCAAAUAUGACAUCCCUUGCUGAGGAGAAAGCCAUGAACACCUCCAGCAGGAACGCCUCCCUGGGGAGCGCGCACCCGCCCAUCCCCAUAGUGCACUGGGUCAUCAUGAGCAUCUCCCCUCUGGGCUUUGUGGAGAACGGGAUCCUCCUCUGGUUCCUCUGCUUCCGGAUGAGGAGGAAUCCCUUCACGGUCUACAUCACCCACUUGUCCAUUGCGGACAUCUCGCUCCUCUUCUGUAUUUUCAUCCUGUCCAUUGACUAUGCCCUGGACUAUGAGCUCUCUUCUGGUCACUACUACACAAUUGUCACAUUGUCGGUGACGUUUCUAUUUGGCUACAACACAGGCCUCUACCUGCUGACAGCCAUCAGUGUGGAAAGAUGCCUAUCGGUCCUCUACCCAAUUUGGUACAGAUGCCACCGCCCCAAGCACCAGUCGGCAUUUGUCUGUGCCCUCCUGUGGGCACUUUCGUGCUUGGUGACCACCAUGGAGUAUGUCAUGUGCAUCGACAGCGAGGAAGAGAGUCACUCUCGGAGUGACUGCCGGGCCGUCAUCAUCUUCAUCGCCAUCCUCAGCUUCCUGGUCUUCACCCCGCUCAUGCUGGUGUCCAGCACCAUCUUGGUGGUGAAGAUUCGGAAGAACACAUGGGCCUCCCACUCUUCAAAGCUGUACAUCGUCAUCAUGGUCACCAUCAUCAUCUUCCUCAUCUUCGCCAUGCCCAUGCGGGUGCUCUACCUGCUGUACUACGAGUACUGGUCAGCCUUCGGGAACCUGCACAACAUCUCCCUGCUCUUCUCCACCAUCAACAGCAGCGCCAACCCCUUCAUCUACUUUUUUGUGGGCAGCAGCAAGAAGAAGCGCUUCAGGGAGUCCUUAAAAGUGGUUCUGACCAGGGCUUUCAAAGAUGAAAUGCAGCCCAGACGCCAGGAGGGCAAUGGCAACACCAUCUCCAUCGAGACCGUGGUCUGAGGACCGCAGCAGGGAACUGUGGGCAGAAACAGUGGAAUGCGGGUGGCUUUCGAUUUGUGCUUUGAGAUUGAAAUCUUCCAAGUAUGAUACAGAAGGGAAGCGUUCCACAUGCAUGGGAGUCUAAUGAUGAGCUUGUGUUCUUAUCUAGUGUCUUCUGGAAAUGUUUCCGUAUGUGACGGGGCUCUGUCUUCUUCCAUCCUUAUCAAAGACUUAUUUGUCUCUUAGCUCUUUGGUAGUGAUCAACAGUUAACUACAAAAACUGCUCUAGCAGGAGGCAUCCCAAAUGGGACCUGGAGAACCUAGAGAAGCCAUGCAACUACUGCUGUUUGCUCCACGUGACCUCAGGCGAGAGACUCUGGGGAGCCUCAUUUCCCACCUUAGUGGAAGUGGUAACAGUCUGUACUGUGAGGAUUAUUGCUGAGUAUGGCAAGGUGGGCAAAGCACCUGCUCAUAGUCAAAGUUCAAUAAAAUCCAUCUCUCUACAUCCUUUAACUAGAACACAAUGUGCUUAUACAAAUACUGCCUUGUGCUUUUUUUUUUAAAUAUUUAUUUAUUUAUUAUGUAUAUACAAUAUUCUGUCUGUGUGUAUGCCUGAAGGCCAGAAGAGGGCACCAGACCUCUUUACAGAUGGUUGUGAGCCAUCAUGUGGUUGCUGGGAAUUGAACUCAGGACCUUUGGGAGAGCAGGCAAUGCUCUUAACCACUGAGCCAUCUCUCCAGCCCUGCCUUGUGCUUUUAAAUGUUGAAUGUAGAUUCCCAAAGGUCUCCUGGCUUGCAGCAUGGCAGCUUUUCAUGGUAUAACACCCCUGACUAAACACCAGGGAUUGUCACAAUCUAGGCAGUCACAUAUUUGGGACAUCAUUCUGGAAACAAACAUUUUCCCCUCUUGGAAGACUUUCCCAUGGCUUCCCGUUCCUUGGGGAAUACUCCACAGAAUGGAAAUCUAUGUCUUGAGAAUUUUUUACUGUGUAUACGAUUUCACAAAUGCAACUUAACUCAGGAUGUUGAGAACUGUUGUGAUCUUAAAGAUCUGUU